AUGCAGCGCUCCGGCCUCACCCCCGCCGCGGUUGGCCCCUGCGACUUCCGCUUCCCUGAGGGCGGGUCGCGGGGCGGCAGCACGGGGGAGGCCGGGGAGGCGGGGGCGGCCGGCAGCAUCGGGGAGGCCGGGGCGGCGGGCAGCACGGGGGAGGCCGGGGAGGCCGGGGCGGCGGGCAGCACGGGGGAGGCCGGGGCGGCGGGGGCGGCGGGCAGCAUCGGGGAGGCCGGGGCGGCGGGCAGCACGGGGGAGGCCGGGGAGGCCGGGGCGGCGGGGGCGGCCGGCAGCAUCGGGGAGGCCGGGGCGGCGGGCAGCAUGGGGGAGGCCGGGGCGGCGGGGGCGGCGGGCAGCACGGGGGAGGCCGGGGCGGCCGGCAGCAUGGGGGAGGCCGGGGAGGCCGGGGCGGCCGGCAGCACGGGGGAGGCCGGGGCGGCCGGCAGCAUGGGGGAGGCCGGGGAGGCCGGGGCGGCCGGCAGCACGGGGGAGGCGGGCAGCACGGGGGAGGCUGAGGCGCACGGGGCCGAGGCCGCCGAGCUGCUGCCCUUCCUGGCGUCGGGCGCCCGGGCCGACCUGCAGGCGGCGGCGGCGCGGCACGUGCUGGCCCUCACCGGCUCCGAGCCGGGCCGCGCGCUGCUGGCCGGGCAGGCGGAGCUGCUGCGGGCGCUGGCAGAGCUGUCGGCCGCCCCGGCCCCGGCCCCUGCCCGCGACGCCGCGCGCGCGCUCGUGAACCUGGCCGCCGACCCCAGCCUGCACGGGCCGCUGCUGGCGGCCGACCCCGGGCUGCCGGCCCGCUUGCUCGGCCGCGCCCUGGACCCGCAGUGGCCCUGGGCCGACGAGGCGGCCGCCGCGCUGGCCAACCUGAGCCGCGAACCCGCGCCUUGCGCCGUGCUGCUGGAGGCGCUGACGGGCGCCGCCGAGGGGUCGGGGCUGGAGCGCGUCGUGCGCGCCCUGUGCACCCCCGGCUACAAUGCGCGCGCGCCCCUGCAUUACCUAGGGCCGCUGCUCUCCAACCUCAGCCACAAGCCCGCGGCACGCUCCUUCCUGCUGGACCCCGACAGGUGCGUGGUCCAGCGGCUGCUGCCCCUAACCCAGCACGAGGAUUCCUCUGUGCGCAGGGGCGGGGUGGUGGGGACGCUGCGGAAUUGCUGCUUCGAGCACCGACACCACAAGUGGUUGCUGGGCCCGGAGGUCGACAUCCUUCCGUUCCUGUUGCUGCCUCUGGCCGGGCCUGAGGAAUUCUCCGAGGAAGAGAUGGACAGGCUGCCCGUGGACCUGCAGUACUUGCCGGCCGACAAACAGCGGGAGCCUGAUGCUGACAUCCGCAAGAUGCUCAUAGAAGCUGUCAUGCUGCUGACAGCCACUGCAGCUGGCCGGCAGCAGGUGCGGGACCAGGGCGCCUACCUGGUCCUCCGUGAGCUGCACAGCUGGGAGCCAGAGCCAGACGUGAAAGUGGCCUGUGAGAAGCUCAUUCAGGUGCUGAUCGGGGAUGAACCGGAGCCAGGCAUGGAGAACCUGCUGGAGGUCCAGGUGCCUGAGCAUGUGGCAAAGCGGCUGGAACAGCUGGAGCAGGAACCGGGCCCCGGGUCCUGACACGGCCCUGGGCCGCGCUGCCCCGAGCAGGCCCUGCGUCCUCCGGACAGCUCAGGCUGCGAGGCCAGGGGACCCAUGGCUGCCAAGCCCUGCAGGGGAGGAAACUGCCCGUGCCAGCCGUGUUGGUGCCAGCAAGAGCACAGGCUCCAGGCAUGGGGAGAGGAGAGGUGGACCAAGGAGGCUGCUGCUACCCGUCUUGGGGGAGGGAUGCUGGGGUCCGUGAUGUGGACGUGGAGGACACGAGGGUGUGAACUGUUCCACUGCAGACAGGGCUGCAGGGAAUGUCCCGCUGCACGGCAGGGCCCGGGUGUCUCUGCAUCCACCUGAAGGCAGCUCCAGC